GCGGGAGACAGAUCUCCAGAAGGAGCGACACGGAGAGCUACCGGAGCUUCAGACUCUGCAUCUGCUGGCCAGAUCCUCGCCUGGCCGCUCGCACCGGAUUUUUGCCGAUUCUUCAGACAAGAUGCAGACGUUCCUGAAGGGGAAGCGGGUCGGCUACUGGCUGAGCGAGAAAAAGAUCAAGAAACUGAACUUCCAGGCGUUCGCCGAGCUGUGCAGGAAAAGAGGAAUCGAGGUCGUGCAGCUCGAUCUGGCCAAACCCAUCGAAGAUCAGGGUCCGCUGGACGUGAUCAUCCACAAGCUGACGGACGUCAUUCUGGAAGCCGAUCAGAACGACGACGAAUCGGUGCAGAUCGUACAGAGAUUUCAGGAUUACAUUGAAGCCCACCCUGAGACCAUCAUCCUUGACCCCUUACCUGCUAUUAGAACUCUGCUCGACCGUUUCAAGUCUUAUGAACUCAUCCGGAGGAUCGAGUCCUGUAUGCAAGAUGAGCGGAUCUGUUCCCCGCCGUUCAUGGAGCUGAUGGCGGAGUGCGGAGAGGACACCUUGAAGCUUAUAGAGAAGAACGGACCGGCCUUCCCGUUCAUUUGUAAGACGAGAGUAGCUCAUGGCACCAACUCACACGAGAUGGCGAUUAUAUUUAACGCGGAAGGUCUGCGCAAGAUCCAGCCCCCGUGCGUGAUCCAGAGCUUCAUCAGCCACAACGCCGUCCUCUACAAAGUGUUUGUGGUGGGAGAUUCCUACACCGUGGUGGAGCGGCCGUCCCUGAAGAACUUCUCCCCGGGAGAAUCCGACAGGGAGUCCAUCUUCUUUAACAGCCACAACGUAUCCAAACCGGAGUCGUCCUCGGUACUAACAGCGCUGGAUAAAGUGGAAGGCGUAUUUGAGCGGCCGAGCGACGACGUCAUCCGAGCGAUCUCCAAGGCGCUGCGCCAGGCGCUGGGCGUCUCGCUCUUUGGAAUCGACAUUAUAAUAAACAACAAGACCGGGCAGCACGCCGUCAUCGAUAUCAACGCUUUCCCAGGAUAUGAGGGAGUCCCCGAGUUCUUCAGCGACCUCCUGAAUCACAUCGCAGGCAUACUCCAACGCCCGGAGGUGAACGCCAACAAACCGGAACAGACGGCCAGCAUCCUCGGGGAGCGUCUGUGCCGCUCGCCCGUGCCGAGGAUCGACCCCUGGGUGGCGGAGAACGAGGCCAACAGCGCGGUCAAACUGCAAAGCCAGAGACUCGGGUGCAACUCGGCCAUGUCACCGGGCUUCCAGCAGCACUGCGUGGCUUCCUUGGCCACCAAGGCCUCCUCUCAAUAAACGCCAAGGACCGCGGGCGAUAAAAAAAAAUAAUUCCAAAAGGACGAAGAGGGCAGUACAGCUUUUCCACGUUGUGUGCGCAGCGCUGUGCGGCUCCGGUCCAAAUCCAACAACUUUCCAUCUCUCGGGAGAGAGUUAAACUUUACAGUCCGAGCAAACAUUUCAGGACCAGCAUCGCGUCUUGAGAUGCACCGUUUGGUGUCUAAUGGGUUAAAGGGACGCUGGUAUGAAAAUCCUUCCCAUUCCGGUAAAAAAAAAAAAAUGCCACUUUUCAUGGCCCCUUCGAGAACCACGUUUUUGUGCUGCGGGUACACAAA